AUGUCAAUUGAAGAAAUCCCACAAGGUGCUGAAGUCCAAGUUAUCUCCAAGAACGAAAAGAAAGCUAGAGACUUAAUCAAAAAAUUAGGUUUAAAACAAGUUAAAGGUAUCAGUAGAGUUACUUUCAAACAAAGACCUAAUGUUAUCUACGCUAUUGAUCAACCAGAUGUCUACAAAUCCCCAGCUGGUACUUACGUUGUCUUUGGUGAAGCUAAAGUCGAUGACAUCAACCAAAGAUAUGCUGAACAAGCUGCUGCCGCUGCUGCUGAAGGUCAUGACCAUGACCACGAUCAUGAAGGUCACGACCAUUCUCAUGAAGAUAAAUCACCAGAAGCUAUUACUGCUGAUUUAGAAAAAGCUUCAUUAGCUUCCCCAGCUGAAGAAGAAGAAGAAGGUGAUGUUGAUGAAACUGGUUUAGAUCCAAAAGAUAUUGAUAUCAUUAUUGAACAAACUCAAGUUUCAAGAGCUAAAGCUGUUAGAGCUUUAAAGAAACACAAUGGUGAUAUGGUUAAUGCUAUUAUGGAAAUUUCUUAG